AUGAAGGCGAUGCCGCAGUUUGAGGGCGCGAACGCCGCGCCAAGUGUGACGAAGGUGCUGCUCAGGUCCGGGCGCAACAAGGAGCACAACGUCAUUGUGCCUCCCGCCACGAAGUCCAUUCGGGAGAUUCAGGAGCAGAUCCCGGCGAGGUUCUUCGAGCGCAAUACCACCCGCAGCCUGCUGUUUCUGCUGCGCGACCUCGCGCAGGUGGCGGUGACGUACGCCGUCAUGUACGCCGUCGCAUUGCCCCUCGCCAACUCGCUUGAGGCCGCGGCUGCCGCGUUUGCCGCCGGCGCCUCGGGCGACGCUGGGGCCGCGCCGUCGAUGGCGGCAAAGGCCCUCGUCAGCGCGGCGUGGCUCUUCAAGGCGCUGCUGUGGAGCGUCUUUUGGUUUGUGCAGGGGCUCAACGGCACCGCCCUCUGGGUCGUCGCCCACGAGUGCGGCCACCAGGCGUUCAGCCCGCUGAGGCGCGUGAACGACGCGGUGGGGAUGCUGCUGCACUCCGCGCUGCUCGUGCCGUACCACAGCUGGCGCCUCACCCACGGCACGCACCACAAGCACACCAACCACCUCACGAAGGACCUCGUGUUUGUGCCGCAGACGCGAGACCGCGUCGUGGAGCUGGUGGAGGAGGCCCCGCUGGUGACGCUGCUUCUGCUGCUCGUCAUGUUCCUCUUCGGCUGGCCGGCGCACCUGCUGGCGAACGCCUCCGGGCAGGACUUUGGCCGGUUCGCGAGCCACUUUGACCCCACCGCCCCCUUCUUCCGCGGCGAGGACUACCACGACGUCGUCGUCUCGGACGUCGGCGUCGUCACGGUGCUGCUGCUGGUGCUCUCCAGCGUCUACCGCUUCGGCCUCGCCAACGUCGUCUGCUGGUACCUGGCGCCGUACCUCUGGGUGAACUUCUGGCUGGUGUUCAUCACCUACCUGCAGCACACCGACGUCCGCAUCCCGCACUACACGCACGAGCACUGGACGUUUGUCCGCGGCGCCGUGGCGGCGGUCGACCGCGACUACGGCGCCCUCCUCAACUCGUGGCUGCACCACAUUAACGACUCCCACGUCGUGCACCACCUCUUCAGCAAGAUGCCGCACUACAACGCGAUUCAGGUGACGCGGCGGCACAUUCGCGGCAUCCUGGGCGACACGUACGUCACCGACGCCCGCCCGCUCUGGCGGGCGCUCUGGAGACCGGCGCGGGAGUGCCGCUACGUCGUCCCCGCCGAAGGCAUCUGCGUAUACUACCAAUGA